CCGUGUCGCGCUGGGGCGUGUGCACAGACCAGAAGUGGAAGAGCGGCACACCCUCCUCCAGCCCGCCCAGCCAACUAGGGGCGGGGAAGGGGGAGGCGGGCGACUUUGGAUGAGGCGGGGCGCCCGCGGCGAGCUCGCUGCAGCCCCACGCCAAAAAGGCCCGCGGACCUGGAGGUAGGAUGAUGCUCCUGAGGGGCCCCUGGUCUUGGCGCCCGCGGCGGCCGCCGCUUCUCAGCACCGCGGGCGGAUCGGGGCCGCGGCCGCUGAUGCCCCAGGUUUUGUGUGUGAAGCUGUGUGGAAAUCUGAAAUGCCAUCAAUCACAUCUUUACAGUACAGUGGUGCCACCAGAUGAAAUAACAGUUAAUUACAGACACGGCCUUCCCUUGAUAACCCUCACUUUGCCAUCCAGGAAAGAGCGCUGUCAAUUCGUGGUCAAACCAAUGCUAACAACAGUUGGUUCGUUUCUUCAGGACAUACAAAAUGAAGAUAAAGGUGUCAAAAACACAGCCAUCUUCACAGCAGAUGGCAGUAAGAUUGCAGCUUCAACCUUGAUGGAAACUUUGCUAAUGAAUGAUUUUAAACUUGUCAUUAAUGCAAUAACCUAUGAUGUACAGUGCCCCAAGAAAGAAAAACUGAGUAGUGAGCACACUACUGAAGUGGAAAACAUGAAAUCCUUGGUUCACAGACUGUUUACAGCGUUGCAUUUAGACGAGAUCCAUAAAAAGAGAGAGCACCGUUUACUCGAGAAGAUUGACUACCUGAAGGGACAGCUGCAGCCCCUCGAACAGAUGAAAGCUAGAAUUGAAGCUCGCUCCGAAGUCAGAACCAGAAGACUCCUGUGGGCUGGAUUAGCACUGCUGUCCGUCCAGGGCGGGGCGCUGGCCUGGCUCACCUGGUGGGUGUACUCCUGGGAUAUCAUGGAACCAGUCACAUACUUCAUCACAUUUGCAAAUUCCAUGGUCUUUUUUGCAUACUUUAUAGUCACUCGACAGGAUUAUACUUACUCAGCUAUUAAGAGUAGGCAAUUUCUUCACUUCUUUUACAAGAAAUCAAAGCAACAGCAUUUUGAUGUGGUGCAAUACAACCAGUUAAAAGAAGAUCUUGCUAAGGCUAAAGAAUCCCUGAACCGGCUACGUCGCUCUCUAUAUUUGCCAACACAAGUAGAGGAACUCAAUGAAAAGAAUUAACCUUACAUUUUUAAAUGUCAGUGAAUUUUUCCAUUAUGUGUUGAUUUUGUGACUUAGAAACUGGAACUUUUUGAGUCUCAUAGUUCAUUUGAAUUUGACUGUUUCAGUAUCUUUUGUUAAUUAAAAAAAAAAUGCUUGCCAAACACA